CCGCCCCCUCCACCUCGCCUGCGGCUUACUUCUGCCACUUGGGCCGAGACCCCAGAGUCAGUCUCUCCGGGGCUCCGCCCCCACGUCACCUCGAGACCACCGGAUCCGAGCCAGGGUGGCACUGAAGCGGGGAAGGCGAGCCCAGGCUGGCUUCGAAUUUGCUACGUUGCUGAGGGCGAUCUUGAACUUUGGAUCCUCCAGUCUUUACCUCCCCAGUGCUGGGAUUACAGCAUGUUUUUGGCCCAGAGGAGACUCUGCUCCCUUGGCAGUAGAGCAAAAUCCCUAAAGACAAUUUGUUCUUCAAAAAUCCUUGGAUUCGCCACUUCUGCUAACAUGGCUUUCAAAUUCAAAAAUGCCAAAAGAAUCGAGGGCCUUGACAGCAAUGUGUGGAUUGAGUUUACCAAGUUGGCUGCAGAUCCUUCUGUUGUGAAUCUUGGACAAGGCCUUCCAGAUAUAUCCCCUCCUACGUAUGUAAAAGAGGAAUUAUCAAAGGCCGCGCUAACUGAUCACCUGAAUCAGUAUACUCGGGGCUUUGGUCAUCCAUCCCUCGUAAAAGCGCUUUCCUGCUUAUAUGAAAAAUUUUAUCAAAAGCAGAUCGAUCCAAAUAAAGAAAUCCUUGUGACAGUUGGAGCAUAUGGGUCUCUCUUUAAUGCGAUUCAAGGACUAAUUGACCCAGGAGAUGAAGUCAUAAUAAUGGUGCCUUUUUAUGACUGCUACGAGCCCAUGGUGAGAAUGGCCAGAGCCACACCUGUUUUUAUUCCCCUGAGAUCCAAACCUACCAGUGGAACAAAAUGGUCUAGUUCUGACUGGACGUUCGAGCGUCAAGAACUGGAAAGCAAAUUUAGUUCUAAAACCAAAGCCAUUAUACUAAAUACUCCACAUAACCCCAUGGGGAAGGUGUAUACCAAAGAGGAGCUGCAAGUAAUUGCUGACCUUUGCAUCAAACACGACACCCUCUGCAUCAGUGAUGAGGUUUAUGAAUGGCUUGUCUAUACUGGAAAUAAGCAUUUAAAAAUAGCCACUUUUCCAGGUAUGUGGGAGAGAACAAUAACAAUAGGAAGUGCAGGCAAGACUUUCAGUGUGACUGGCUGGAAGCUUGGCUGGACCAUUGGUCCUAAUCACUUGAUAAAGCAUUUACAGACAGUCCAACAAAACACUGUUUAUACGUGUGCAACUCCUUUGCAGGAAGCCUUGGCUCAGGCUUUUUGGAUUGACAUCAAGCGUGUGGAUGACCCUGAGUGUUACUUUAAUUCUCUACCGAAAGAAUUAGAAGUAAAAAGAGAUCGAAUGGUCCAUUUGCUUGAGAGUGUUGGCCUGAGACCCAUUGUUCCUGACGGGGGUUACUUCAUCAUCGCCGAUGUGUCUUCAUUAGAUGCCGACCUCUCUGAUAUGAAGAGUGAUGAACCUUAUGACUAUAAGUUUGUGAAAUGGAUGACGAAAAAUAAGAAACUGUCAGCCAUCCCCGUUUCAGCAUUCUGUGACACAGAGUCUAAGUCACAAUUUGAGAAGUUUGUACGGUUUUGCUUCAUUAAACAUGGCCCCAGGUCCUCCUUGACAAAUAACAGCAAAUCCAUCUUCAAAUCAUAAAGCCAGCAGACAACAUACUCAGUACCCCAAACCACAGGAAUGACUACGGAGGAGCUCGCAGUUUCAUCCAAAAUGAUUCAUAAUCAUAAAGGAAGUAGCUCUGCAUCUUUACAGGAUACUAUCAGGAAUGAGAAAGGUAGAUAAAAACAGCUGUCACAAUACUCACAGGAAAAGGAAAAAAAACAGAGCAAACAGAAGUGUGACAUUUGGAAUUCUAAACAUUUAGACAAUAGGUUAAAGUGGAGAUUUUUAAAGUUCAGGAAAAUGAGGAUAAGAUAAUGUAAAAAGAUGAAAUGGGAUCGAUCAGAGUCCAGGCAAGAAAUUGUAAAUAAAGCUGUUGGAAAUGAUAACCGCAGAAACACUCCACAGGACACUAGAUGUUACUACUAACACAGUAGGAUUGAGAAAAUAAGUAAAUGGAUGUGGAAAGGAACACAGAAUUUUCCAGUAUUAGAAAGAAAAAUUAUGAAAAUGGAAGAAAAGUGAAAUACACAGAGUUCCUGAAAAUAAAAUAGAGUUGAACCUCAAAGGAAUCUUGCAGCUUUCUUUUCAGAAGUAUUUCCAUUUUUAAGAAAAAAGAAGAGAUACAAGCCUAAAAAUUAAGAGAUUAAAAUGCCUUGGGCUGAGGCUUAGAGGGUAAAAACUCUAAGCAAGCCUGAUGAUCUGAGUUCCAUCCCC